UGUGGAAAAAGUUUUAGCCGAACAUCUCAUUUAAAUACACACAUGAGAGUCCAUACAGGACAGAAGCCUUUUUGUUGUGAUCUAUGUGGAAAGAGAUUUAGCCAAAUAGCAAAUUUAAAAAUACACACGAGAAUCCACACAGGACAGAAGCCUUUCUGUUGUGAUCUAUGUGGAAAAAGGUUUAGCCAAAAAGAACAUUUAAAAAUACACAUGAGAAUCCACACAGGACAGAAACCUUUCAGUUGUGAUCUAUGUGGAAAAAGUUUUAGCGAUAAAGGAACUUUAAACAAACAUAUAAGAAUCCACACAGGACAGAAGCCUUUCAUUUGUGAUCGAUGUGGACAAAUAUUUAGCCGAAAAGAAAAUUUAAACAUACAUAUGAGAAUCCAUACAGGAGAGAAGCCUUUCUGUUGUAAUCUAUGUGGAAAAAGCUUUAGCAAAAAAUCAAGUUUAAAAACACACACGAUAAUCCACACAGGACAGAAGCCUUUCUGUUGUGAUCUAUGUGGAAAAAGUUUUAGCCUAAAAGCAACUUUAAAAAGACACACGAGAAUCCACACAGGAAAGAAGCCUUUCAGUUGUGAUCUAUGUGGGAGAAGUUUUAGCCAAAAAGGGUAUUUAAAAAUACACACAAGAAUCCAUGCAGGAGAGAAGCCUUUCGGUUGUGAUCUAUGUGGAAAAAGUUUUAGCGAUAAAGGAACUUUAAACAAACAUAUAAGAAUCCACUCAGGACAGAAGCCUUUCAGCUGUGGUCUGUGUGAAAAAAGUUUCAGCGAAAAAGCAAAGUUAAACAGACACACGAGAAUCCAUACAGGACAGAAGCCUUUCUGUUGUGAUCAUUGUGGACAAAGAUUUAGCCUUAAAGAAUCUUUAAACAUACACAUGAGAAUCCAUACAGGACAGAAGCCUUUUAGUUGUGAUCUAUGUGGAAAAAGUUUCAUCCAAACAUCAAAUUUAAAUAAGCACAUGAGAAUCCAUACAGGACAAAAGCCUUUCAGUUGUGAUUUAUGUGGACAGAGAUUUACCCAAACAUCAACUUUAAAUAGACACAUGAGAAUCCAUGCAGGAGUGAAAGUGUCUCUGCGAUGAAAACCAACUCAAACACAGCUGUAGUUUGCUGACAGAUGUUUGUGCAUUGUCAUCAAACGCACAAGGAUUUCAUUUGGUAGUUUCAGCAUUUCUAUUGUAGCUAAUCUUUAGAGUUGUGUUAAAACAUUUAAUUUUAUUUAUUUUGUUCAGACUGAGCUGUAGUACAGCUGUGUUGUCAGUCUAUACACACUGCUGUAACCAUUAGACUCAUCAAGCUAAUGUAAACAGUGGCCAUAGGAUGUGCCCCGUCACGUAAUUUCUGGUCGAUCUUUCACAACAGCGACCUCUAGCUUCCUAAGUUACCCAUUUGAGUCGUAACUAUUUCCAGGAGAAUUAUUAUUAAAUCAAGUGACUUGGACAAAUUGUAUACUAAAACAAAUUUUUGUUGCCUACAACUUGUGACAGUGUCGUGAGAUUGCAGAUGGAGUAUAGAUAACAUUACAAUAUAAAGUGCAGCAGUGUUCAGAAUGUGACAGUGUAGGAGAAAAACAGUUUAAAAUAGUGGUGCAAAAAAGCAAUAAUAUGAAAGAAUUUAGUGUUGCGCAAAUAUGGUGCAAAAUGCAGUAAAAACAUUGAGUUGUAUCCUAUUUAAAUGGAUUAUUAAAGUUCGGCAACGUUGAUAGUGCACAAUAAUGGUACGAGUAUAAUGCAGAGUCCAGUUUAGAAUUCAACAGUCUGAUGGCAGCAGGGAAAAAGCUGUUACAGAACCUGGUGGAUCUGCAGAUGAUGCUGGUGAACCUCUUCCAAGAGGGCAGCAGGGAGAACAGUCCAUGGUGGGGGUGUGAGGGGUCCCUGGUGAUGUUAUGGGUUCAUGACACGCAGCACUGAGAUGAAAUGUACUUAAUGGAAGAGGAGCCCUGAGGAUCCUCUUUGCUGUCCUCACCACUCUCCUCACGUUCUUCCAGUCGGAGGCGGUGUAGCCUCCCCACUACAUACAGAGACAGCUAGUCAGAAUGCUCUCUAUGGUGCUUCUGUAGAAGGUGGUGAGGAUGGGUGGUGGCAGGUGGGCUCUUCACUGGUGCCCUCUUCACCAGUGAUGUGGUGUUCACAGACCAAGUGAAGUUGUCUGUGUCCUAAAAGUUACUGAUAUUUACUGAGCAAAUCGCUUUUUAAAAUGUUAUUUCCCCAAAUAAUGUUUAGCCUAAUUCAGGUUUGCUUUGUGAUUGGGUUGAAACACAUUAAAUGUUGUUCUAAAUUAGUUAAGCUAAUUUAACUUCAAUCCAUAUUCUUGAAGAUGAACUUUGGUUCCCUAACUUGGAUCCGCAGUAAACCAGGAUUCACUAAAUCAUUCUGAUGAUGAAUUUUAACCAUUUUAUUUGUCUUAUUUGUUUCUAUAAUGUUUACAUAGUUCUUUAGCUUCUUUUUAUCUGAAAUUUGCUCAUUAGUCUUAGCUGAGUUCCACUAGCCUAGCAGAGAGGAUUUCUUGGUUGAAAAAGUGUUAAUUCAGAUUAACAGCAUCCUAUAGUGAUGUUCAUUUAUAUCUUCUAAAGUUUCUUUCUCUGUUUUUUUACAUAUGUUUACACAAUUUGCAGUUAAAAGAAUGCCAAUGCUCAAAUCUUCCUUUCAACUAUUGUUAAAUCAGCCUUUUAUCAACCAUAAAAAACGCUUUUUUAUCAAAAUGCUAACUGAAGCUAUGUUGGUCAGCUCCAUGUAUUAAAAACACAAUGUAACCGCCUCAACACAAAACUUUCCCAGUUUGUUUCUCUGCCAAAUCUGCCAAGAGCCUUUACUUAAUUAAUUGAACCCAUAAUUGCAGAUAAAUACUGAGAAUAUGAUCUUGUGUGAUGAGACUGACUCAUGAAGCUUUCAUGAUUUUCAUUUUAUGUUCUUAUGUCACUAUUUGGUUUAGAAAUGUAAUUUAAUUUGUGUGAUUAUUCCUUAAGCAAAGGGCAAAAUGUAAUGGAAAAUUUUCUUGUGUGUUUUAAACCUUGUGCAAAACAUGACACCUUUUUAACAGAAUGGCAUAUAUAGUCUAUAUCCUGUGUUUGCAGAGAUGUAAGGUUAAUCAGAGUUCAGUAUAUCAAUGUGUGCUUACAUGUUCAUGAAGUAUUCCUAAAACUUUAUUACCUUCGUGGGUCAAAGUGAGGAGAUGAUGGUAAUUUAGAGUGGGUGAGGAGAGCUGUUUCUUCCCCAGGUUGUAGGAGGGGUUAAAGGUCAGGAGCUAAGAUGAAGCUGUUAUACGUCACAUGAGGCUCUUUGUUAGUUUCUCCAUGACAGGCACCUCCUGUUUGUGUACAUCUGUUCCCUAUAAAGACAGGGUUUGUCUUACCAGAUAUGCAUUUGGCGAAGAAUGUACCUUGAAUGCUGUUUGCCUUCAAUAAAGACCGGUCCAUGUAUUGAAAGAGUAUCUUGCUUCUUGAUUAUCAUUUUUUCAAUGACACAUUUUUUCAAACCUAAACUGAGGAGUGAAAUAAGCACCUUGUGCAGACAAUGAGGCUACAUAGAUGAGGGGAAAAUGUGACAAACCUGGUAGAAAAUAUCUAUAACGGAAUUAAUUAGAAGACUUAAAGGAAACUACUUUGGUACUUCUCAUAUUUAAAGAAGAAACUAUCAAAGAGUUACUCUAGGAUCCAUAGUGUAUCCUGUGAAACCAAACGUGUGUCAGAGGUCUGGACAUGUUGCAGCAGUCUGCAGGGGUGAAGGGAGGUGAGGUAAAUGUGGCAAAGAACAUGAUCAAUCUCAGUGUACAAAUGAUAACGUGAAAUGAUGUAACUGUGGGGCAACCAUGUUUUUUUUUUUGUAGUUGCCCCACUUGAAAACCUUGGUUCCAGCAGGUCCUGUCUGAGCUUUUGCAGUGUGGCGCUCCGUUUGUGCCAAGGUGCUGUGCUUCUCCUCAUUCACCCCAGUCCACUGCAUUCACAGCUAUGCUAUACCACUAGAGAUGUAUGGAGGCACCUUUAGAGGAUAAAACAUGUGAAUUAAUAUGUGUAAU